ACGCGCGUCGCACGCAGAACUCUCGAGAUUCCCCCCGAUUUUCGGUAUAUUCAUAUAUUCAGUUCGCUUUGUGGAGGAGCAUUAAGAAAUGGUGCAUCAUUUGGCGCUCCUGCUCCUGGGAGUGCUCUCUUUUUGGCCAGCUGCCACUUUGGCCGCAGAUCAGCCCUCUCGAAUUGUCUGCUACUUCAGCAACUGGGCUGUUUAUAGACCUGGCAUCGGUCGAUAUGGUUUGGAGGAUGUGCCCACCGAUCUGUGCACUCAUAUCAUUUACUCCUUUAUCGGUGUUAGCGACAAGAACUGGGAUGUCCUCGUAAUCGAUCCCGAUUUGGAUGUCGACCAAGGGGGCUUCAGCAAGUUUACCGAAUUGAAAAAGACCCAUCCCAAAGUAAAAUUGGAGGUAGCAGUGGGUGGCUGGGCGGAAGGUGGCUCUAAGUACUCAAAAAUGGUGGCGGUUCGAGAGCGGCGACAGAGUUUCAUACGCAGUGUGGUUAGCUUCAUGAAGCAGUACAAUUUCGAUGGUUUCGACUUGGAUUGGGAAUAUCCUGGGGCCACGGAUCGCGGUGGCUCCUUUUCGGACAAGGACAAGUUCCUCUACUUCGUUCAGGAACUGCGACGCGCCUUCGAUCGCGAGGGUCGAGGAUGGGAAAUCACCAUGGCGGUGCCGGUGGCUAAGUUCCGCUUACAGGAGGGAUACCACGUUCCGGAAUUGUGCGAAUCGCUAGAUGCCAUUCAUGCCAUGACCUAUGACCUGCGAGGAAAUUGGGCCGGAUUCGCUGACGUUCACAGUCCGCUCUACAAGCGAAAGCACGACCAAUACGCCUACGAGCGCCUGAAUGUGAACGACGGCCUCGCCUUGUGGGAGGAGAUGGGCUGUCCGGCCAACAAGCUGGUGGUGGGCAUCCCCUUCUACGGCCGCACCUUCACGCUGAGCAGCUCGAACAAGAACUACAACAUGGGCACCUACAUCAACAAGGAGGCGGGCGGCGGAGCUCCGGGUCCCUACACGAAUGCCAGCGGCUUCCUGGCCUACUACGAGAUCUGCACCGAGGUGAUGGACAAGUCCAAGGGAUGGACUGUGGAAUGGGACGACGCGGGAAUGGUGCCCUACACCUACAAGGACACCCAGUGGGUGGGCUACGAGAACGAGGCGUCGGUCCAGAUCAAGAUGGACUAUAUCAAGCAGCGUGGCUAUGCUGGGGCCAUGACCUGGGCCAUCGAUAUGGAUGACUUCCAUGGACUGUGCGGCAAGAAGAACGGUUUAAUGCAGAUACUCUACGACAACAUGAAGAACUAUCGUGUUCCGGAACCAACAAGGGAAACUACACCAAGGCCUGAGUGGGCAAAGCCUCCAGCAACCCCACCAAAUCCGGAUGAGGCUACAUUGGUGCAAACGCAACCAACAAUGAGUACCACCAAAAGGCCAAAGCCAAAGCCCAAACCAACUUCAAGUCCGAUGAGCCCAACUGCUGUGCCUGUGCCAACUGCUGGUACUAGCACUCAAAAGCCAACCACAAAGAAACCCAAAAAGCCCAAGAAGACGACGACCACCACGACAACCACAACCACUCCUGCUCCGGAAAAAAGCACUGAGGAGCCCGAAGAAAUAGUUGAUCCUGAACCUGCAGAACCCGAACAGCCAGCAGGACCCCAGUUUGAUCCCAGCGAAAUCGAUUGUACCAACCGUGACUUUGUUCCACAUCCCAACUGCCGAAAGUACUACCGAUGUGUCCAUGGCAAACCCGUGGAAUUCGAAUGCAAAGAGGGAACCGCUUUCCACACCGUUCUGAAUGUCUGCGAUUGGAUCGAGAAUAGCGAUCGGUACUACUGCACCCGCAUGAAGAAGAAGCAGAAGGGCAACGAGGCCCACUAACUGUCCCAAAAUAUAUAUUUUUAAAUUAUUUAAAAAACUCAAGCCCUAGCAUAGGAUGGGUAAAUCUUUAUUUAAACUUAGAACUAGAUGAUUAAGUAUUUUAAUUUAAUGGCAUCUUGGGGGUAUAUCUUAGGAUAACCAGACGAGACGAAAACAAUAAAAAUAAAUAUGAUUUUAAAGUCGAAUAAACCAA